AUGAGCGUAAUCACAUGCUUGAAAUGGGUUCCAAAAGGAUAUGCGCGCUCAGAGCCUCUUCUCGAAGAAGUCACAAUGAAUGACAUAGAAGAUAUCAAAGCUGCAGAAGGAGAGGACCUUAACAUGGACACAUAUGAUCAAGAAGAAGCCAUCCCAGUAUUCAGCAAUGUUGAAUACGAACCACAGCUUGAAAACAUUGAAGAUGAAGAGGAAGAAGACAACAAAAUCAACCCAGACGACGCUAUAAUUAUUACUGGAAACCAAAAAGGCGAUUUUAGUGAAGUCCAUGUCUUCAUAUAUGUGGAAAAUUCAGGGGCCUUAUACGUCCAUCACGAUUUUUUCUUAACAGCCUACCCAUUAGCCUUAGAGUGGCUUCCUUAUAACCCACAAACACCUAAUGAAGCUGGAAACUGUUUGGCAGUUGGAAGUUUCAUGCCUGAAAUCGAGCUUUGGAACUUAGACAUCAUUGAUGUCCUUGAACCCAUUGGAAGAUUAGGCGGCGUCAAGCGAGAAAAAGUCUCUGAAGGAAGUUCAAAAAAACGCAAAAGGACAAAAACCUACACAAAAGGAAGCCAUCAUGAUGCUGUGAUGGCUUUAGACAUCCACCCUACCAGAAAAAACAUUUUAGCAAGUGGCUCAGCAGACUGCAAAGUCAAGGUCUGGGACAUAAUUGAGCACGAGUGCAAAAUUACAUUAAGCCACCAUGAAGGAAAGGUGCAGUCAAUUGAAUGAAACCCAACUGAGGAAAAAAUCCUAGUGAGCGGUGGGCUAGAUGGCUCUGCUUUUGUGGUGGGCGUUGAUUCGCCUGACUCGUCAAAGCAAAUAAGAGUUCCAUCUGAAAUCGAAGCUGUCACUUGGAAUCCUUUUAAUCCUCUUGAGUUCUCACUUUCGACAGAAGACGGAUUUUUAUAUACAUAUGAUGCUAGAAAUCUGGGAAAACCACUAUACGAGGUCAAAGCACACAAUUCGCAAUGCACAAUUGCAUACAGUCCAGGCGUUCCUAAUUUAAUUGGAACUGCAAGCGUUGAUAAAACAGUGAAAAUUUGGCACGGAGAAGGGUUGAGAGGGAUUGCAGAAAGAGAUAUGAAAGUUGACUCACUGUUUUGUUUGGAGUUCUACAAAGAUUCACCAUUCACCCUCGCUACAGGUGGGACUGGAGGUGUUCUGGCAAUUUGGGAUACAGAAGAAAAUCAAAAUGUUUGCAAUUCAUUUUCCAGGGCUAAGUAA